AUGGUGUGGAUGCUGUUAGACGGGAUCUUGGCGUCUUUGUCGUCGCCGCUGAUGCGAAACACGACGUGUGUGCUGGAUGGGAUGGUGGACGUCCCGCUGAGAGGUUUUCCCAGCCAGCUUGAUUCAGUGUAUCAGCAGGACACACACUUCAGCUUCAAACAGAAAAGCAGUGCAUCUUUGAACCAAGCCAAGAUUGGACUCGGAUUUCUCUCGCUCUCCAUCCAGCUUAACGAAUUUAGCACAGAGAGGACAACCUCAUAUUCACCAUCACACCAGAACAACCAACAUCAGGACAACCUCGUAUUCACCAUCACACCGAAACCUCCAACAUCAGGACAACCUCAUAUUCACCAUCACACCGAAACCUCCAACAUCAGGACAACCUCGUAUUCACCAUCACACCAGAACAACCAACAUCAGGACAACCUCAUAUUCACCAUCACACCAGAACAACCAACAUCAGGACAACCUCAUAUUCACCAUCACACCGAAACCUCCAACAUCAGGACAACCUCAUAUUCACCAUCACACCAGAACAACCAACAUCAGGACAACCUCAUAUUCACCAUCACACCGAAACCUCCAACAUCAGGACAACCUCAUAUUCACCAUCACACCAGAACAACCAACAUCAGGACAACCUCAUAUUCACCAUCACACCAAAACAACCAACAUCAGGACAACCUCAUAUUCACCAUCACACCAGAACAACCAACAUCAGGACAACCUCAUAUUCACCAUCACACCGAAACCUCCAACAUCAGGACAACCUCAUAUUCACCAUCACACCAGAACAACCAACAUCAGGACAACCUCAUAUUCACCAUCACACCGAAACCUCCAACAUCAGGACAACCUCAUAUUCACCAUCACACCAGAACAACCAACAUCAGGACAACCUCAUAUUCACCAUCACACCAGAACAACCAACAUCAGGACAACCUCAUAUUCACCAUCACACCAGAACAGCCAACAUCAGGACAACCUCAUAUUCACCAUCACACCAGAACAGCCAACAUCAGGACAACCUCAUAUUCACCAUCACACCGAAACCUCCAACAUCAGGACAACCUCAUAUUCACCAUCACACCGAAACCUCCAACAUCAGGACAACCUCAUAUUCACCAUCACACCGAAACCUCCAACAUCAGGACAACCUCAUAUUCACCAUCACACCAGAACCUCCAACAUCAGGACAACAUCAUAUUGAUAUAUGAUGAUACAGUCAGCUUUAAUCAGACAGAGACAGAGAGACAGACAGACAGAGAUAGAGAGACAGACAGACAGAGAUAG